AUGUUGUCCUUGCUCUUGGUCCUUCUCGGGGCCUUUGCCUUCCCAGUACUGGGUCAGCAGUGCGACUGCAACCAGUGCUCCAACGUCCCAGUUGAUGAUUGGACAUCGCCGUGCUUCGAGAACUGCACCAUCACUGGCGAUCCCCACGUAGAGCACAGCUGGCGGGUGGGCUAUGAAGAUGGCUUCGACUUCCAGCCCCAGGGCAUCUGGCGCUUAGCCAAGACAGACACCUGUGGGGGCACUGUGGAGGUGCAGGCCUUCUUCUGUCAGUAUUUCUUCACGCGGUUGAGCUCCGCCAUCGCGUAUGCCAUCACCAUCAACGGCGGGGACAAGUACAUCGUGAAGAGGGUUGGUGAUGAGUACGUGAUUGGCAGCCCUAAUGUUGAGAGCGCGACGCUGAAGAUCUUAAAAACCCCUGAGAUCGACCCCUCGGCUGGCGUCAUCAUAGUCAGCGAUGACAGUUGUGUGCGUAUCAAGUUGAACAGCCAGCCCUUGUAUGGAGGCGAAAGGAACCUGGCCUUGACCCCGAAUGCCUACUACAACAAUAUCGUCAUCAAGAUUUGGGGAUGCGCCCUCACCCAAGAUGGCAUUUGCGGUGCUCAGAAGCUCUCUACCCAGUACAUCGACCCUGAGAGCGACGAGAACCUCUUCACCACACCUCAGAAGCCAGAGCUCUGGCAGGAGCUUUGUGAGUUCUGCCAGGAAGAUGGCGCCGCGCUUACCCCGCCUGGGUGCCCCGCACCUCCCGGUGGUGAGAUGGUCCAGCCAGGCUGUGAGUUCCUGAGGCCCUUCGGCAGCCCCCGGGACAAGGAAUGCAUCCCGGACGAGACCAGCACCGACCCCGCCGUGAUCGCCAACAACGAGCGCAUCAAGGCCUUGGCAAACAAUGGCGAGAAUUGCGUUGCCUUCGUCAACCUGAACACGCCCAAGUUCCCUCGAAGGUCUUGUCGGGACUGGUGCCAGGACCGUGGAGCAAAGUGUGUGGCUGUGCGCGAUGACCCCUUUGCAGGGAGAUUCCCCAAUGCGGAAUCCGUCUGCAAUCUCACUGAUGCUGAUGACCCAGUCAACUUCGAUGAGGGAGAGCCCAAAACGUGCGACACCAGGCUCAGGGAUACCCACUGCGUCUGCGAGAAGCCGGACAACAACGCGCCCGGCGAGACUGCAGAACUCACGUGUCGAGAUGCCGUUGACCUUUCGGGCUUCAACUUCUCCUAUCUGGAUGCAGCAGAGAUUUGUCGGCAGGAGGCAGUGUGGUUGCAGAUGGUGACCUACCCGCAGAAUGGUGAGCAAACCACAUUUGAGCAGAGGCUUCUUGUGUACUGCGUGCAGGACGUUUGUGCCACAGACCCGGAGGAUCGCAUGGAAGUGGCCCGCAGCUAUGGAGACCGGGACCCAAGCUUCCCUCCGAACAAGCCCAACGUUUGCAACGGCCCCCUGCUGUGCAAUCUCAUUUGCACCGCUGGGCUCAUUCGGGACUGGAGCUCAUGCAUGGACGUUUGCACUGGCCACCGAUCUAUGCUCAUCCAUGCAACGGGGCGCUACUGCAAGGCAGGGCUUUGCCCGAGCUUGCUUGAGGAGUCGGAGAUCAUGGCGCUUCUACAGGCUAGAAGGUCAGAGAACAAGAGCUCUUUCCUGGAGCUCA